GAAGAGGUGACUCUGAUUGGUAGGCACGUGGUGUUCCGCCGAACAUGGCGGAGCCGGCGAGGAAGCGGCCGUGCGGUCCGGGUGAACAUGGCCAAAGGGUUGAAUGGCGGAAAUGGAAACAGCAGAAGAAAGAGGAGAAGAAAAAGUGGAAGGACUUGAAGAUGAUGAAGAAGCUGGAGCGGCAGCGUGCACAGGAGGAGCAGGCAAAGUGCCAGGAGGAGGAGGCGGCGGCUGCCCGGGGGAGCCACCAGGGGCGGCCCUACACUCUGAGCGUGGCUCUGCCUGGCUCCAUUCUGGACAACGCACAGUCACCUGAGCUUCGCACCUACCUGGCAGGCCAGAUUGCCCGAGCCUGCACCAUCUUCUGUGUGGAUGAAAUUGUGGUGUUUGAUGAGGAGGGCCAAGAUGCCAAGACUGUAGAAGGGGAAUUCAAGGGCAUUGGCAAGAAGGGACAGGCAUGCGUGCAGCUGGCCCGCAUACUGCAGUACCUGGAGUGUCCACAGUACCUGAGAAAAGCCUUCUUCCCCAAACACCAGGAUCUGCAGUUUGCAGGGAUCCUGAAUCCCUUGGACAGCCCUCACCACAUGCGUCAGGAUGAGGAAUCUGAGUUCCGGGAAGGCGUCGUGGUGGACCGGCCCACCAGGCCAGGUCACGGCUCCUUUGUCAACUGUGGUAUGAAGAAGGAGGUGAAGAUUGACAAGAACUUGGAACCUGGGCUUCGGGUGACCGUGCGACUGAACAAGCAACAGCCCUCAGAAUGCAAGACUUACCGGGGAAUGGUUGUAUCAUCGCAGGACCCCCGCACUAAAGCUGGUCUCUACUGGGGCUACACUGUCCGCCUGGCCUCCUGUCUCAGUGCUGUGUUUGCCGAGGCCCCCUUCCAGGAUGGGUAUGAUCUGACCAUUGGGACAUCAGAGCGUGGCUCCAACAUGGCCUCCGCCCAGCUGCCCAGCUUCAGGCAUGCUCUUGUGGUAUUUGGAGGCCUCCAGGGGCUAGAAGCUGGAGUGGAUGCUGACCCCAACCUGGAGGUGGCUGAACCCAGUGUCCUCUUUGACCUGUAUGUCAACACCUGCCCCAGCCAGGGCAGCCGCACCAUCCGCACUGAGGAAGCAAUACUCAUCUCCCUGGCUGCCCUGCAGCCUGGCCUCACACAGGCGGGUACCCGCCCCUCCUGAAAGCUCUGUGGGUCCAGGAUGUAAAGGAAACAGCAGGAAAUCAGGAAUCCUGGGAUCACCUGAGACAGAG